UUCAGAUAUUUAAAAUGAAGUGGUAAGGGUGUAAACCUAUAGAAGUCAUAAUGAAUAGACCUAGAGGUGGUGGUAGAGCAUCAGCUCUAUUACAGAAAGUAUCAACACAGUUGAAAGGUGAAAGAGUUCCUACUGUACCUAAAGAGGAAGAUGAGCUAAAUGCUUAUUUGAGUACAUUAUCGAAAAAGACUUCACAACAAGCCAAGUCUAUAAAUUUUAGUGAUUUUGGGGACAUAUCAAUAUCUAGUUCAGACAACUUAUCUACUCCCAAACAAAAAUCCCCAGAAAUUGGUGCUGGCAGUAAAUUUUUAAAAAAGAAAAAACCUCCAGAGCCUAUUAGUGAUGAGGAUGAAAGCUCAAUUCAAGUUAGGAAGAAAAAAACAAUUACUCAGAAUGCUUCCAACUUACUGAACAAAGCAGCUGGUCUGACCAAAAAAGAGCAAGUACCCAGGCAGACGUCACUCUUAGCCAAUCAGAAUGUGUUUAGUAUUGACUCUGAUUCUGAUAGUGAGAAAGUGCGUCUGUCAAGAUUGGACACUCCAACUGAUAUGAGUGUUGGUCAUGAUGGAAGAAAAUUUAUGAAAAGACCAGAAACACCGAAAGCCACAAAAGAAACGGUGAAAAAAACUAAUAAAAGUUUAAAAGGUUCAAAAGAGAAGAAUAAGAAGGUAACCAGUGCUCUGACAUCAGAAGAAGAGAGUUUAGCUGAUUUUAUGCAGAGAUUAUCUUCAUCAGAUUCAACACCCAGACCUAGGUCCCCUAAUAAGUUUCUCAAACGUCCAGUUGAAGGAGCUCCUCCUAUACCAAGAUCACCAUCACCAGAAUCCAAACCAUUUAGAUACACACCAAGCCCAAGAUCACCAAAAAGAUCACCAAUAAUAGGACGGCGAACACCUUCACCACUUCACCUCCAUUCGCGAUCACAAGAUUCAGACAUGGUUGAUUCUAUUACUAGUGAAGUAGCAGAUACACAAGAUACCAGUAGUUCCAAUGAUCUAUUGAAAGAUGUGAUGGAUAUAAAUGCCUUAGAACCAGCUAUACCAGAUACCAAGAAAGCCAGCUCUAAGGAGAAAAAACAUAGUUUCAAAAAAGAAAAACCGAAGAAAGAAAAGAAAAUGGCUGACUCAGAUAUUUUCUUUGGGUUACAGUCGGUUGAUGAUCUAAUGGGAAGAAUCUCAGAUGAGGAAGAAAGUAUUGCUAGUGAAAUUUCUGAAAUUCAUACUGGAAGAGGUUAUACACCAACUCCACGAAAGGAUUCUUUAACCGGUAUUCAGACUUUUGGCUCAAAACCAUCAACCAGAAAACAAAUUUCUUUAUCUCAAGAUUAUGAUGAUUCUAUAUCAGAGCGAAUUGGAAUUUCAAGUAAAUACGAUAAAUCAUCUAUGGCAUCAGAGGUCAGAACUCAAUACAGUGAAGAUACAGCAGGUGAUUAUACUGAAGGCUUUGAAAGUGACACAGAAAGUAUCACAGAAACAUAUUCUGAUAGAGUCCACCAGACCAAAGCCAAAUCUCGACCAGUGAAGGAUGUUGAUAGAAGUUACAGUGAAAGUUAUACAUCAUAUAGUGAUUCUAAAACAUUUUCCAAAAGUUUAAGACAGCCAGAAAAAACAUCAAAACAUCGUCCACCUACUAGAAAUAUACAAGUACAGACAGGAGAAGAACCUGGUCUGUCCUAUUCUUGGAAGACACCCUAUGCUACUGUUGGUCCACAGUAUGGUUUAGACUUUGUUGAUCCAUCACCUAUUGCUACUCAUGUUAUUAGUGCUGAUGCAUUAGAAACCAUGACAGCAUACAGUCCAGCAAUGAUAGCCCUACAUGAUAUGUUAAAACAGCAGUUAUUAUUAACACAAAGUUUUUUAUCAGCACAACAACGUAUUUAUAGUAAUUAUCAAUCAUCAUUAGAGACUAAUUAUCAUUAUACUACAUUAGAAGAUACAAAAGAGUACAUCAAGCAACAUAGAAAGAAACCAAUAACAUUUAAAGAAGCCUAUAAAAUGGUAUCAGCAGAAAUGGAUUCAUGAUAAUUCCAGUUUGUAAUUAAUUGUAAUGUCCGUCCUUAUUGUGAUAUUUAUUUAUAUUUUUUUAAUAAAUAACUUAAUAAUAA